GUGAUCCGAAAUGAAGCAUUUGCCAUUGCGUGACUAGGACAUAUUGCCGCCUACCUCCGUUAAUAUGGCAGUGGGAGACUGAACAUCAUUAUCUCCGUGAUUUUUUUCCCCCUCACUAGCGGUCGGUGUGGCUUGGAGCAGACGGGCUGGAGCGCCGUUACAUUAUUCAUCAUUGUUGGCGGAGAAGCCGUGAUGCAUGGCACAGUAAUAGUUUCUCACUGAAAACAGCACUUUUAUAAUGCCCAAUAGUUGAGUUCAAGUUGCCUGGACCACAAUUGGAUAAAAGGCCCGAGUUGUCAGAAAGUGUACCAUUUUUGUGCCCACGAGUCUUCUACGUUGAGGUCUGGUAGUUCUCGGCACGGUGAUCACAUGUAGAAGACGAUAAGCCCACUUGCUUGGGAGUUGCAGCUGGAAGUCUGGUAGCCUAAUAUAUAUUAGCAGCGGAUGUAUCAUACCUUGAACUUGACCGAAGUGUAAUCAGCUGGCUUGAUAUACCAGCCGUAUCGAGGCCGGUAGACGACCUUUUUCUGCUGUAGUCUAACUGUGGUUUCCGCAGCGCCAGAGAUAUCCGUCGGAGGGACUUUUACAUAACCAUAAAUAGUAAAACAAGUAAUAGAAAACACCACUCUUCAUACUUUGAACGUGACAUUUUGCUAAAGAAACAAACAAUCGGGCAUCAUGGCGAACGAAGCCGAGCUGUUGAAAUUUGCAGGGAAGUGGAAGCUGGAAAAGAGCGAGAACUUUGACGAGUAUCUGCGAAAGAUGGAUGUGAUGUUACCCAUGCGGGCGGCCGCUAAGGUCAUGACGCCCACGUGCGAAAUCGCGGUGGAGGGGAACAACUUCGUGAUCAAGAUGAACGUGCCCGUCAUCACGCUGCACGUGCAGAAGUUCAAGAUCAACGACAGCUUCGAGGAUAUGCUGCCCAACGGCAACAAACAGCUCACGCAGGUCAGCUGGGAGGACGGCAAGAUCGUCUUGCGAGAGGUGGACAAGAGCGACCCGCCCCACGUGGUCACGCGAGAGGUCAACGAGAACGGGACGGAGAUGAUCAUGACGUGUAUCAAGGGGGACAUAGUCUGUAAAAGACACUACCGGAAAAUGUAAGGCGAAGAAAGUCCCAGAUGUUCCUCCUGUGUGGAGUGGAAAACCGAACGUGAAAGUACUGCAUUAUUUUGUGCAUUGAAGGUACCUACACCUUUGUCUCUAUGUUAUUAAAGUUUCUCAUCUGCAUUAAAGCUCUACAGAAAAUUUGUGGAAAGCAACCUAUCUAAAAAGCUUUCAUCCUAUGAAAGGUAAUCACAAAGGCAUCACAAAAUAAUGACUCACCGCCAAGCUCAUCACACGCUCCUCUCGGUUCGUUGGCCGGUUAGACAGACCGUGUCGGCCAAGCGCAGAGCCCGCCUGAUGGACUGUUCACCUUCAGCGCAAACCAACCCGUAAUGGACGGGUUAAAAAACAUUGGAUUCUCAUGGACGGAUCUAAGCACGCUUUUGUUAUUACCUGGAACAUCAGACUGUUCAUCCCUUCCCUACACUUGUCUGAGCAACUUACCCGUAAGUUGUUCUGCUCGUGGUGCUCGUCGAGGCCUGCGUUCAGAGGUUUGCCGCACAUUCGUCGUUUUGGCCGCGGACAAGACAGCGAGAAGUGGGUAAAAAAACAGUAUAUUUUCGCAGUCUUUUCAUUGCAGCAAUCAAAAAUAAGCAACAUUUAGGGUAAAAGAGCAGCUCACAUAUAUUACCAAAGACAAUAUUUUGAGAGGAAAAAACACAGACGCACAUCGCAAAUAAAAUUGUGGUAUUUAUGAAAUAAAAAUUGUUAUCUCCCUGUAUGUUGUAUACGAAGCCGACUUAAUGCAUGCCGCUUGUACUUUUCAACUGUAAUUGGGAAAUUAGAGCCGUUAGUUGUUUUAGAAAAUAAACAGUUGCGGCGUCAACGUAUGUUUAUUUAUAUCUGUCAAAAUAAGAGGCAACAUUAAUUGGGUAUGAUUUCAAUGGGGAUUGGCAUGCGGUCAUGUGCUGUCAAAAUGUCUAUGAAAAUAUUUUUCAGCUCACAAAAUGAAGUUCACAGAAAAGGCGAAAUUUUAAAUAAUUAUCCGAUUGCCAAAUUCCUUUAAAAUCAGCUUACGGUGUGCCAUAAUGUAUGAAUGAAGGGAGAUAUCGAAAGGGUCUUUUCUCCGAAGCUUUCCUGUGUCAUUAAAGUCUGUGUAGAUGCUAGUAAAAUCCUUUCGUAGAAGGUAAAAAGGAAUUCCUGAUAAAACUGAGUUGAUAAGAUAAGUAUUGAGUUCAUCACACAGCCGUUUCGAAAAUAUAGUCGUUUUUGAGGUAGGCCUACAUCAGCCACUUUUGUACCAGACGGAGUUCGACACUACUGGUAAAUUUAAAACAUCAAGAUCCAAGAAAAUGCAAACGAAAGACACGGAACUCACUCAGAAAAUAAGAACUCAGAAAAUAUGAUUUUCUCGAUAAAAACAAAAUAGUUAAUGCAAGUGAAAUGGCUAUUUUCCACUAAUUUUACAUGUACUCAGUUACUGCAGAGAAUAUAGGGUAUGUGUCCUCGUGAGGUCAGUGUUGUUUGAGAUGAACAUAAUCCUGAUAAACUGCCGGGCUGUUAUGGUUUUUCAAGCGAGUGUGCUAGACGAAGAAACAAAAAAACAAACUCUGUUACACGACAGCGACCGCCCGCGCAGGAAUGUAACAGUUGAGUGGAGCGUUGCGCCAGUUGAGAGUAAAUUAUACCGAUAAGCCUAAUGUCAAGUCCAAUAUCCACGCGGGACCUGUCUGACACGGAACCGCUUGGCAUCACAAUGAGGCUGCAUUCCUGGACCAUAUACUUACCCGGCUACUGUUCGGCUUGAGGUAUUGGAAGUUCAAAUUUGCUUUUUUAAAGUUCAUUGUUGAGUUUACACUGCGAACGAAUGCACGGAGCGGUCUAUGCAACGCAUUAUGCAUGCAGACGAAGGGAUAGGUUAGAGGAGAUUUCGUGGGACCUAUGAUGCAAACCCCUUGCUUCAUUCAUAUCGAAAGAAAUGCAAAAAAUAUAUAUAAAGUGAAGUGAUGAAAUUUCAAAUAAUGCAAGUUGUAUAUUUUAGAUAGACUUUCAGUGGCGCUAAUGUUUUGUUAUGCACUCAAUACUGAGUAUAAACAAGUGUGAAAAGUGACUGUGUAUUGUUUAUUGUGAUAUUUCUAAGCGCGCGUCGCAAUAAAAGUGGUGGUUGCGGGAACAGUUUAAUGUAUCAUCCAAUCACGAAUUCAAGAUUUAACAUUUUGUACAUGAACCAUACUUAAGAGUCUGAAGCACUUUGUGUAUCGCUUAGCGGAAUUUAGAUAUACCAAGAUCGCGUACGUUGUGUCGUACAUGUACUCAUAGACGAAGGCAAAUUCUUUCAUGAUGUGAUUAAAGCCAAGAGGCUCGACAUGAUCAUGUAGACGUCCGAUGACACGCAAUACAAUCGUAUUCUGUAAUGUAGUAAAGAAGUGGGGGAAUCAAUGUCUUAUUUAAAGACUCACUUGACAGUUUUUAACAUUUCAUGCAGUCGAUGUGAACAAACAAAGAACGAUUAAUUACAAAGGCUCUCAACUUUUACAAAAAGGUGAUUUGGGCCGCAUUUAUUUGAUAAAAAGUUUAUUCACGAGCAGAUUUCUGGACAUGAUUGUGUUCAAGUUAUUAUUUCUACUGAUAUUUACAAAAUAAAAAUUGGCACACAUCCCCACGGCUUUCCCCUAAGAGAUGUAAAUUCAGAUUUCCACCAAAUGAUGGGUGUGUCUAAUAUUAAAAUGGCAAUGGAAGAUUCUGUAUGUUGCAAUGAAUACUUCCAAAAAAAGGGCUAAGAUUGAAUCUUUUAACUGUAUGACGGUGUGAAAAUCUUGAGCACAUGCAUGAACAUAUUACAACCAUUUUAACUUCUCUAAUUAAAUAUAACUCAAUGUAUGUAUUUUGUGUAAGCUUAACACGACCAGAAUGUGAACAUGUCAGUGGCAACGUAUAGUUUAACGUGAUCCCUGAAGAUAAAAGGCUGAAGAAUUAACUUUGACAAUAAUCUUUUUUGUACAUGUAUACCAAGCUGUGUGCAUUAUAAAUGUACCGAAUAUUGUGUCGUGCACGAUAAACGAGGCUGUGCUGUCUCUAUUGACUUUUUGUGACAGCGUGUAGCACGCUCUAGAUUAUUAAAACAAAAAUGGUAAAAUAAAACGCCAUUUUGCUCAAGCUGUGAA